AUUUACUUGCAAAAUUAUGCGUUAACUCUCGUUUCAUCUAGUAUGCUUUAUAAAUUAUAGCAAGCUGAACGGCUGUUGCCUACCGGAAUCAAUAUUCAAUUGCUAGUGCAUCAAAUGUUGAUUGAGCACAAUGUACUUUCCAAUAGGAUGGCCCAAAGUUCUGAAAAAUCCCACAGCAGAUCAUCAAAUCAUUCAGAUUGUUUCAAACAGAGAUAAAAUAUUGUUCGCCUCGCUCAGCGAGGACUGUUUAAUGGUAUGGUUUUGUAAGCCAAGUGUACCUAUUGUGCAUCAUAAGCGCAGCACUGAAUCCUUGCAGCGCCUCGGGGUUAAUGUCGGAGUGGAAUGGAAACCAGACUCUUCCAUGAUAUGCAUUUCGACAUCAGAAGGGCAUUUGAUUCUGUACAAUGUGGAAGUAGUGAGUGAUCAGACGGCCUACCAGCAGUAUGACCCUCCCACUGCUAGCCUGCGGAGAGACUCCGCUGAACUCUUUGUGAAAGAAGUCAUACCUUCCCUGAAGAUAACAUUGUUCAAAGAAGUGCUAGUAUGGGACGGUCAGAUCACGCGUAUGUGCUGUAUAUCGGGCACAGAAAUCUUGGUGUGCACAACUAGGGCACACUUACUCCGGUACCGUUGGGAUGGCUCGCAGAAUCGCGACUACUGCCUCGACCUUGGAAGGAUACCCUUCUCUAUCAACCAACAAGUCUCUAAAGCGGAGCCCAUCCUAGAAGACAACACGCACGUAAACGACAUAGAGUACUCCCCUCUAGUGUGCGGGUUCGGAAUAACGCUUAACGACGGGCGCGCGGCCUACCUCACUGCGCCUAACCUCAAGUUUGAUCCUAAUGCGGUCCAGGGCAUCUGGGCACCGGCCAUAGAUGACGCGACGUGCGUGCGCGUCAACCAUAAAUUUAGACUUAUCGCCAUUGGUAGAAAAAAUUCACAAGUGGACAUGUAUACGAUCGACGAGGCGACAGGAGGUUUAGAGCUUUCUCAUACAAUGGUGUUAAGUUCCAAAGAUUUCCCCGGUGACCCUGGACCCGUUAAAUGUAUAAGGUGGACGGCCGACGGCCGAGCAGUAGCGGUCAGUUGGGAGAAGGGCGGAAUCUCAGUGUGGAGUACUUUUGGAGCGUUACUUAUGUGCUCUUUGGCGUGGGACUACGGCCUCAACCAGGACCUGAGCAAACACAACCCACUCACCGUGUCUAGCAUGGAAUGGGCCACAGAAGGUUAUCAGCUGUGGAUGGUGAAAGUUGAAGCCGACUCUAAUACUAAUCUGAUACAACUGGACUUCAUCAAGAGUCCACUCAGUGUCAACCCUUGUAUGAGCAAUCAACGGCACCUUUACCUGCAAGCGGACGACAAACUCUACGUCAACCUAGAAGACAACCUGACGAAGCGGACGAAGAUGUCCAUCAUAGACUCCUCAGCUGAAACCUAUCAGGAGACCGGACUCGACCAGCCGAGUCCCGAGUAUGACACCAGCGCUAAAUACAGAGAAUAUGUUGAUGACAACGAGUGCCGCAAGCAGUGGAUUGUACUACCGCUGCCCGCUACGUAUAUUGCCACGAACUGGCCACUAAGGUACAGCGCCAUAGACGAGACUGGAGUGAACGUGUGCGUGGCGGGCCGGGCCGGCCUCGCGCACUACAGCUGCGCCGCGCGCCGCUGGAAACUGUUCGGCAACGAGUCGCAGGAGAAGGAGUUCACCGUCACCGGCGGCAUGCUGUGGUGGCGAGACUACAUCGUCAUAGGUUGCUACAGUAUCGUGGACGGCCACGACGAGAUCCGCUUCUACCCGCGCGACUCCAAGCUGGACAAUCGGUUCGCGAAGAUCGUCCGAGUACAUUCUCAGGUUUUCGUGCUGGACGCGCUGGAAGAUCAGCUGGUCGUGUUCGGAGCGGACGCGCUCGUCACCAUUUACGAACUGAGCUGUACUGACAAUACGGGCAACAUCGAGAUGCGAUGCGUGCAGGCGGUGGACGUGUCCGCUCUGUCGCACCCGGCGUGCGUGGUGUCGGCGUCGCUGUGCCGGCUGCAGGACUGCCAGCGCCAGCCCGCCCGCCAGCCCGCCGUGCAGCAGCCCGACUCGCUGGUACUGAACGCAAGCGGUCGCCUCAUGAUGGUUCAGAGGGAAGAAUACGACGUGGAUGAAGGCAACAACCCGGCAUACAGCUGCCUGCCAGCGACCGUGCUCGCGUCAUGCGUCGAGAGCGUCUGGUCCUGCGGCGGCGGCGGCAGGGCUCAGACACAACUGUCCCGAGCGCUUUGGCUGUGGUGCGGCGCCCUCGGCGCGCGAGUGUGGCUGCCCCUGCUGCCGCGGGACGCGAGCAGACACCCCGACUCGUCGCGACACACGUUUAUGGCGAAACGGAUUAUGUUGCCCUUCCAUCUCAACAUAUAUCCACUAACGAUACUAUUUGACGACGCGAUCCUCCUUGGGGCCGAGAACGACACGACGCUCUACACGUCGGACUCUAACUCUGUGUUCUCACUGCCGUUCUGCGUCGUCAACAGAACCAGCCAAGUGUACCUGCAUCAGAUAUUGCGGCAGCUGCUGCGGAGGAAUCUUGGCUACCACGCGUGGGAGAUCGCGCGCUCCUGUGCCCAGCUACCUUACUUUCCACAUUCUUUGGAGUUACUGCUGCACGAGGUGCUGGAGGAAGAGGCGACGAGCAAGGAACCGAUACCGGACGCACAACUACCCAGUAUCAUUGAGUUCGUUCACGAGUUCCCUGUUUACUUACAGACUGUAGUUCAAUGCGCGAGGAAGACAGAGAUAGCGCUAUGGGCUUACCUGUUCUCGGCAGCAGGGAAACCGAAGGAACUCUUCCAAGAAUGCCUGCAACGGAAGAUGCUCGAUACAGCUGCCUCGUAUCUCAUUAUAUUACAAAACUUGGAGAGUUCAGCAGUCAGCAGACACCUGGCCACGCAGCUGCUGGACACGGCGCUGCAGCACGAGCGCUGGGACCUGGCGAGGGACCUGGUGCGCUUCCUCAGGGCUAUAGAUCCUAACGACGUGGACUCGCCGCGCAACUCGGUGAACGUGCAAGCCAAGUACGGGCAGAUCGUGCAGUCGCAGACCGUCACCCCCAACGCGGAGGACCUCUCCGUCAUUCUGGGCAGCAUGCAGCUGGCCGGCGGUCGCGGUCGCAGUUUCAGCACAACAGCGACGCCGCGCGCCGAGGCGGAGGCGCCCGCGCCGCCCGCGCCCGCGCCCGCGCCGCCCGCGCGCGCCACCGCCGCCGUCAAGCGGAAGAAGUCCGUGCCCACCAGGAGUGACAAAGAGAGCUACCACGGCACAGCGGAAGAAUUCUUCAUCGACAUGAUGAUCCAGCGACACGCCCGUCUCCUCCUAUCCACCGCGCGCCUCCACGCCUUAGGCAAGAUGGCCGCCGCGCUAGACUUGCACCUAGUGGCGUGGCUCGCGGGAGAGAGGGAGAGGGCGGCUAGGGUGGAUAGCGCCGUCCUGUGCUUGCGGCGGCUGCAUGAAGACUUCGCGUGGCCGUAUCCAGUGUUGCAGGACGCUGAUGAGUACAUGCAGCGGAAAGGCAGCACUGUCACCAGUUCAUACACGCCAUCCGCAGACUCGGACAGUCUAUGUGGCGACAGCGGGUACAUGAGCCUACCGAUGCGCGCGGCGCUGCCCGCGGGCGGCGUGCCUGUCAGUCCCGGCCCUGUGAGUUCCGCGGGCGAGGGCAGCGUGGCGGAAGGUGGCGCGGUGUCCUGGGGGGAGAACGGGGAGGAGCGGCGAUACGCCGCGCUCAUGGAGCGGCUGCACCACAGCCAGGUCGAGCGGGGGAGCCACACGGCGCAUGUGCAACUAAGAUACUUCCUCCAACUAAUGACCGAAGCGAGCUGCGUAGAAUGGGCGCUAGUAAUAGCCGUGGCGCUACGAGACGCGCUCGCGGUGCUGCGGACGUGCAACGCGGCGCGGACGCCGGACGUCAACGUAGCGGCCGUCAAGCGGCUCAAGACCGCGCUGCAGCACAUAUACGCGUGGAGCGACAACGAGUGCUUGGGCUACAAACCGUUCAUGGUAGCGAUCAGCAACCAAAUCCCUUUCCUCACCUCCAUCAUCAACACCCGCGAGCGCCGCAUGUCCAUGGUCAAGACCCGCGUGCGCACCGCCAGCACCGGCUCUCUACAAGAACAGAAACCCAAUCCCCCUCCAGAGACGAAACCUCUACAGAAAGCACAGGAAAUCAAACAAAGUGUGAGGAAGGAAUCUCCCAGUUCGCGGGUUUCUGUGCCAGAUGUGGUGGCCAGUGUGCGGGCUAGUGUAUCUGUGCCUACACCGCCGCCGCUGCCUGAGGAACCGCCUUCGAAUUGCGUGCUCAUGUAAACACGGUAGUGUGAGUUAACGUUUUGUUAUGCAACAU